GAAUGGAAGCUAAGCAUUUAGAGCAGUGAAACUUGAAGUCAUUGGAAGUGUCUGUAGUACCAGGACAGACUCAAGAGAAUAUCGUGACACAGCUGAAAGGCUGCGAGGAUGGCACUCACACAAGCUGCGCUGCCCUCCUUCAGGAGUUUCUACUCUUCUCAGGACUCUCUCAAGUGGUGGAAGUCGGACGAUCACCCUCCUCCUGCUCCGACCUCCUCCGAGCUCCAGCCUGACCUUCCCCCCCAGCCCCUGCUGCAGCAAGAGCAGAGGGACCCGAGCAGUGCAUGCUGGGACCUGGAGUUCUUUGUGUCCGGCUUCAACACUCCCGGCUGUGAGCUGGGCUCAGCAUUGGACUGCAACUCCCACCCGCCCCAGCAGGCCAGCGCGAGGCGCGGGAACGGGGGGCUGCACCACCUCAGGGAGAAUUCAGCGGAUCCUAGCAGCAGCUUGAUGGCCGAUCUGCUGGCGUCUCAGCAGGUUCCAUCGACCUACCCCACUGUGGAUAGCCAGGCUCACUACACUGGGCACCAAAAACUGCACCCGAGCAUCGGGGAUCCCUCUAGAGACUGCUUAGGGUUCUUUCUGGGGAACGGGUGGAGUGGAGAUUGGGACCCCAAAGUGACCAGCGGUGCUUCCAUCGAAGGGCAUUUCCACCCAGACCGGGCGUUACAUCACCAGCCUCCCAUGAUGCAACACUUCGGCUUGCUUCAAAAUUACCCCCACAGCGGUUCCUACCAGGACCUGUUCCAGAGCCAGCAAUACCUCCAGUUUCAACCCCCAGAGCACCCCGGCUUGUUCGUCACCCCAGCUCCUCCGUCUUCUUGUUCUUUCAACGCUGGCUUGGCUCUGCUAGCGCCCUCCAGUGACCUGGAGGGGAAGCGCAGGGGCAAGACAGCAGCCAGGAAGCGAGUGGCCGUGCAUUGCUGUGAGCACCCGGGCUGCAGCAAGACCUACACCAAGAGCUCACACCUGAAAGCACACCGACGCACACACACGGGUGAGAAGCCCUACCACUGCACCUGGCAGGGCUGCGGCUGGAAGUUCGCCCGCUCCGAUGAGCUGACCCGACAUUACCGCAAGCACACCGGCCAGCGCCCGUUCCAGUGCCAGCGGUGCGAGCGGGCAUUCUCCCGGUCCGACCACCUGGCGCUGCACAAGAAGCGACACGCCUGAACACGCGGCACGCAAUCCACGCAGCGCACGGAUCCUUCAUUCAGCUAAAACCCAACUGCAGUGCCCCCCCUAGUGGCCAGAUCCAUGUAGCGCGUAUCACAGUUGCCUGUAAUGCUUUGAGUAAAUGAGAUGAAAAUCGAAACCAAGCAGAAACGAACAAGUAAAUGAAGCAUCGUGGGAGAGACAAGUGAGCGGUGGGCUGGUGUUUAAACCAUAUACCAUUAAAAACAUAUAUAGAACUAGACCCGCCAACGGCUGACUUUGAGUGAGAUGCAUGCUUAUAGAUCUGCCGCUGAGAGGAGAGAGCGCUGUAAGCAAUGUAAACAGGCAGAUAGGCGCAGCGUUUAUCCGGGUUUCAUUCAUUUAGCUUCAAUACAAUUAUAUUUUUAAACUUGGAUUCUAAACUAUUAAAUUAUUCUACAAAUCUUGCAAUGUCUGAUUAAUUGAUUUUAGUUGCAAAAUCAAAAAUCAAGAUACACACACAUAGCCCUCAAAGCAAUAUAGGAGGCUGUGUGGUCCAGUGGUUAAAGAAGAGGGCUUGUAACUAGAAGGUCCCUGGUUCAAAUCCCACCUCAGUCACUGACUCAUUGUGUGACCCUGAGUAAGUCACUUAACCUCCUUGUGCUCCGUCUUUCGGGUGAGACGUAGUUGUAAGUGACUCUGCAGCUGAUGCAUAGUUCACACACCCUAGUCUCUGUAAGUCGCCUUGGAUAAAGGCGUCUGCUAAAUAAACACAUAAUAAUAUAUGUAUCUAAGGUUGUUUACUUCCUCUUCGAUGUCUUUGAGUUUCUCUCUACAGACAGUGUCCUUCAGAGCUGUAAUAAAUCUCCUUUUCUUUAUAAAAACAUGUUUUUGCUGCACAUUUCUUAUCCAUAGACAACAGAAAUGAAUGCUUACUGGAAUAAUACGUUUGUAUACAUUUACAUGAACUGUAUGUAAUUAAACCGGACAUUUCGAGACAGGAUUAAACAUUGUUAAUCCGUAUCAGUUUCUAAAUGAAAUCGCGGAUAUUUGACAACGAGUGAAGCUUUUAUUAAGAAUGAAUAUAUAAAUGAAUUAAACCCGGAUAAACGCGGCGCGUAUCUGCCUGUUUACAUUGCUUACAGCCCUCUCUCCUCUCAGCGGCAGAUCUAUAAGCAUCCAAGUGACUGACUGUUAUUUAUGUGAAUUAAUUAAUGCCUAUAUUAUGUCAAGAAACAUUUUGCCAGGGCAAGCGCUCUGUGAAAGUGCUCUCCGCUGUUUACUAACUCCGCCUUCAGCAGCAGCUUACUGGCUGCAAAGCGCGUCAGUCAUUAGGGGGAGGAGCUGGUUGGUUACUGCUGGGUAAGAAAGGACGAAAGGGGUGGAGCCAAUUUCACCCUCCAGGAAGUCAAUCUGAAAGCAUGCCUUGCAAACUGAGAUUUCUUCAACCGAGUGCACUGUAGCACCAGAAACACGUGUUUCUUUCAAAACUGCACAUUUCUAGACUUAUAAAGUGAAUGCCGGUUCAUGGCCAGGGGAAAGGUAUGGAAUGUGUGGAAUUAGCUCCAGUCACUGCUGAACUGCAGUUAACAACAUGCACGGGCUGAGCACUGCCCUGUAGUUUUAACGCUGUGAUGCUGCGAUGCCAGGGGGCUGUGAUUGCAGCCGUGUGGAUCCGUGCGCAACGCUGUGACGCUGCAGCUUUGUAAAUGGACCGCCUGCUCAAAUGCUGAAUAUUGUGCCUUUCUCUUUUAUUUGUAUUUGAAUGUUAAUAAAGUUUGGAGCAGUGUGGAGUAGUGGUUAGGGCUCUGGACUCUUGACCGGAGGGUCGUUGGUUCAAUCCCAGGUGGGGGGGACACUGCUGCUGUACCCUUGAGCAAGGUACUUUACCUAGAUUGCUCCAGUAAAAACCCAACUGUAUAAAUGGGUAAUUGUAUGAAAAAAAAUAAUGUGAAAUAGUGUAUAAUGUGAUAUCUUGUAACAAUUGUAAGUCGCCUGGGUAGGGGUGUCUGCUAAUAAAUAAUAAUAACAUUAUACAUGGUAAACUAUAAUUUACAAUCGUAUUAUCUUUGACGUCACUAUCGGAGUUGAUAAAGUAAUGUUACAGUUACAAGUUACUUGCACACAAGUGUAACUCGUUACAGUAACGCAUUACCGUCUGUGUGUCACUGAAAAUAAACCCUAAAUAUUUGUCAUAGCAUGUUACACCACACGGGGGCAGCAAAGCUGUGAUUGUAACGUUACGGAGGCGCAGUUCAGUCAGGCUUUCGGGAAACUCGUUGUAUUCCACUCGCUAACUCCCCCCCUUUAGAUACUGAUGAUAACCUCCUGCUGCUGUAAAGCAAAAAUCACAAAAAUUUUGGAUCCAAGCACAGCCCUCGACCUUCCCCUGGAUGAAAGAGGAGAUCAUGCAGAGUUUGGUUGCGCUGGCUCCUGCGGGUCCGAAUGCAGAAAGAAACAGACAGACAGACAAACCUUUAUAUAUUAAGAACAACAACGACAACAACAACAACACAUUGCCAAUAUUGCUAUAAUAAUGAUAUUAUUGAAUUGUAUUUUGUCACACUUGUACUUGCUUGAACCAAAAGUCAUUGUAUUUAUCUUGCUCUUAAUUGUAUUACUUGUAUUCUAGCACUUGAAAUGUAUUUGCUUACGAUUGUAAGUCGCCCUGGAUAAGGGCGUCUGCUAAGAAAUAAAUAAUAAUAAUAAUAAUAAUAAUAAUAAUAAUAAUAAUAAUAAUAAUAAUAAUAAUAAUAAUAAUAAUAAUAAUAAUAAUAUAUUGAAAUGUACCAAGACUUUAAACUUUUGUUACGUUUCCCAGUACCUCGUGUUAAAUUAGAGCUUCAAACACGUAGAACAGAUAAGAGACGCGCUCUUCAGUUUGGUUUUCUGAGGCUGGGUUUGUUCACGCUUAAAAAGACGGUGUUCUUUAACCCGGUUCGUUUUCCCGGUACAAUAAUAAUAAUACACUGUUGGAGAAAUUGAUAGCAAUGUUAUUGUUGCUGUUGGCACGCCGAGGACGGAUACAGGGUUACUGAAAUCCGCGCCUUACGUGCGUCAGAACCGUACAUUAACAAGAAAGAAAAGAGAACAUUGCAGAACAGAGGCCAGCUAUUGCAUUGCAGGAAGCAAAAGUGAGUAGCACUGUAACUCAACACGGGAUGGAUUUCCUAACACAGAACAAGUAGCUAUGAGACUGUAAGAGCCUCCCUUUCUCUGUCUCUGCUGCACCAGCACAGAGGGAGGCUGUUCAGAGAGUAUAAGAGCCUCUCUUUCUCUUUCUCUGCUGCACCAGCACAGAGCAGAGGGAGGCUGUUCAGAGAGUAUAAGCGCCUCCCUUUCUCUUUCUCUCCUCCUCCAGCACAGAGGGAGGCUGUUCAGAGAGUAUAAGAGCCUCCCUUUCUCUUUCUCUGCUCCACCAGCACAGAGCAGAGGGAGGCUGUUCAGAGAGUAUAAGAGCCUCUCUUUUUCUUACUCUGCUCAACCAGCACAGAGCAGAGGGAGGCUGUUCAGAGAGUAUAAGAGCCUCCCUUUCUCUUUCUCUGCUCCAGCAGCACAGAGGGAGGCUGUUCAGAGAGUACAAGAGCCUCCCUUUCUCUUUCUCUGCUCCAGCAGCACGGAGCAGAGGGAGGCUGUUCAGAGAGUAUAAGAGCCUCCCUUUCUCUUUCUCUGCUCCUCUAGCACAGAGGGAGGCUGUUCAGAGAGUAUAAGAGCCUCCCUUUCUCUUUCUCUGCCCCACCAGCACAGAGCAGAGGGAGGAUGUUUAGCUCUUACACUGACUUACUGAAACUUUACCAAGGGUAACAUUAGAGUGGUCAAAACCACACUUUCACAAAUAAUGUGAUCCAGAAAUAGCUAGAUAAAAGAAAAGAAAAAACAAACGGUCCUCUCUGUGAUUUAAUCUGAUAUGACGCUCUCUCCGCGGCUGAAUGUAUAAAAAGACACGUCUCUGAACCUCACUGUGGAAAGGCAGAAGCAGGCCUUGUAAACAUGAAGUGAUCCGAGGCCAGGGGCUGUCCUGAAACGCUCCUCUGACUACAGGGGGAGUGAAGUGGACCAUUCUCCCCACUAGGGGGAGUAGAACACUGUCACUUAUGAAGUUAGGGGAUGAUAUUAGGGCUGCGCGUGUUUCAGUGCUCGACGCUGUGCAAUUAAUUUCUUAACAAACUUAUCCAGGGUUACAAUUGUUACAAGAUAUCACAUUAUUUUUACAUACAAUUCCCCAUUUAUACAGUUGGGUUUUUACUGGAGCAAUCUAGGUAAAGCACCUUGCUCAAGGGUACAGCAGCAGUGUCCCCCCACCUGGGAUUGAACCCACGACCCUCCGGUCAAGAGUCCAGAGCCCUAACCACUACUCCACACUGCUGCCCCGAUGUUUAUUGCCAUCACAUGAAGACCUCGGUCUUUGUUGGACUCUCUCCAGGGCCACAAUGUCCCUUUGUUGUCGUGGGGACCCGAACUGGACACACCAUGCAGUCUCACAUAAUACAACCUCAUCCUCGCCUCCUCAAACUCCUACUUUUGUCAUUAUACCCAAGCAUUAUUAUUUUUUGUGCCGCUGCUCAGAUUGAUGUUAGUUUUAUUUUUGUGUGUGUGUGUGUGAUGUGGGACAGUGCUUUGUACUGUUUUGGAAAACCCCGCUGCUUCACAAAUUUGCCAGAUCUUCUCAUUUCUCUUGCACUUCCCCCAUUGUGGUAUAAACACCAUGACUGCGUGUUUGUGUGUUGGAAUAGAUGCUGGAAAAUGAACUGUCAGGUUAUGUGACGUCCUGACUGAUCACUAAUGGUUGUCAUGGAGAUUACCGGAAUACAACUCAAAGUUCCGUCCGUUUCGAUAAGGGUGUUUUUUUGUAUUGUUUCAAAGCACUUUCC